UUGCUAACGGAAUGAGCGAUAAAGCAUUUGAUCUCAGUGAAGCUUAUGAAGAUUAUAAAUCUUUAGUUAGUUUAAUAAUGGAAUCAAACUUAGAUGUUGAUAAAUAUAUUGAGAUUUAUAUGUUAAAAUAUAAAGAAAAAUUUGCUUAUAUGCUAUAUGAAUGGUAUUUUGAAAAAGAACGAUACGCGGAUUUAUUGAGUCAACAACACGCAAUCAAACACAAAGAAUGGCUCCAAAAAUUUUUAAAUGAACGAAAUUUAAAUGGAAUUUCUUGGAUUCAUGAUAUAAAUAUGCGACAAUAUUCUGAUGCUUCAAUCAAAACUCGACAUCUGGCUCAAAAAACAUUCCUCAGCAUAAGUAAAUUGACUUAUUUAGCGGAAUUAAAAGAUGAUUCGGAACUUAAAAGUGAUCAAGUACAAGAAACUCUUGACGAAAUUGAAAAAUGUGGUGAACUCGUUACUGCAUAUAAAGAAAUUCAAGAUCAAUUUAUUAAAGCCGCUACUUCUUCGAAUCAAAAAUUUUAUGAUGAAUAUGAUCAAGUGAAUUAUAUUGCAAAAAAAGUUAUUAAAGAAACUCAAGAAUCAAGACCCUCACUGGCAAAGUUGUUUAUACAAUGUAUUCCACGAAUAUUAAGGGGAGGAAAAGUUUCUACCGAAGAACUGGUUGAAGUAAUUACUCUAAGAGACGUUAAACAAAAGGAUGAUUAUCCCUUUGUGUUACUUUUGGUUUCUGACGAUAAAUUGUUACCAGAUUCUCGACGUCGAGAAUUAUUACAAACCAUAUGGCGAAGAAUUUACAUUACCGAUAGAUGGGAUUGGAUAUCAGAUACUAAUGAUAUGUCUGACGAAGAAAUAAACGAAAGAAUUACUAAUACUGCAGUUUUUCGUACUUUGUUCAUUGUUACUCGGAGAUAUGAAAAACCAUUAAGUCAAUGGUUUAAUCCUCCCGCUAGUUCGUUCUUUGCAAGUACAGUAGAACAACUUCAAAGUAGAUUUCCAACAUUUAAAGAAGAACAGAUAAAAGAAUUGAUUGAAGAUUACAAGAAAGAAAAUACAGCACUUCAACAUUCUAUUCAGGAACUUCAAUUGAAUACUCACGUAGAACAUGCUCUCAGAUUAUUAAAUUUGAAAUCAUCAUUAGGAGAUGAAGAUCAAUUAGAUCCAAUGGAAGUUGAAGAAGAUACUUGA